UCCCCUGAACCUUGUCUUGAAAUUUUGCGUAUGGUCCMGUAUUUGAUUGUCAACGAGGAAAAUGCUUCGAAAAAAAGCCCGGAGAAGUUUGACAUAUCUCAAUUAUCCAUCAAUUCAAGACUUCAGAUAGCAUGGGUUGUAGUACAAGGACUAAAGGAGUUGCUCUAUCGUUAAUUCACCUUAUGCUAGGAGUUUUGGGCAUCGUCUUCGGUGUUGUCUCGAUAAAACUUGAGGAAGCCAACUACAACAAUGGCCUGUAUGGAAUGGGUAUUUGGAUAGGAAUAUGGAUGCUGUUAACAUGUUUGUUAGGGUUACUUACUUCAUCAAAACAGCCAUUAAACAAAUGCAGGGUGACAUGUUUUAUUGGUUUCUGCUGCUAUUCUAUUGUUGCUUUAUUGGUGUGUUGUAUUCCUCUGAUAGUUGGCCCUAUCAAUUAUUUCUCCUUUGAAGCAAAAGCUGAUAAAGAAUAUUACAAACAAUAUGGACCACCGUCCAUGUAUCAUAAACCAGUCUCAUACUUUGAAGAAAAGAACAGGAUUGGGCGCAUUGGGUGUACUGUAUAUAGUGCAAUACUCUGUGUGAUAUUAUUGGAUAUUAUAAUAGCAGCUGCGUCGUGUUACGUAUGGAAGCAUGCUAUGAGCACUUUUACGACUCCAAGAAGAGGACGGCAUGUUUUUGUGGGGUCAAUCAACRCAGGAUAUAACCAUUCUGUGUCAUUUAUAUCAAGUGAGCCUGUUGGUGUCUUACAAGAUGGAUUUGUCAUUGAUAGCCAGUAUCCAAAGCUACCAAGUUACAGAGAUAUCUAUCCUGAUGGCAGCCCAACCUGGGAAAACCCACCAAAUCCYUCACUUUCAAAUAACCAAGCACCACCACCAUACACUGAAACAGCCACAUUAAUUGUACAAGAUGAGAACCAUGAAACAUCUAAUGGAGGAAAUGAUGAUCAAACUAUGGAACAGAACACAACAUUGGAAGACCCACCCAUGYUAAACACACCCUUCAAUGAUGUAGACAGAUCUACGACAAUAAGUGAACCUCAAACACUUAACGGACCAAAUGAUGAUCAUAGUAUUGUUCAAGAUCUGCCAAUGAUUAACACUCAGCUUGAUGAUAAUGGUACCUCUACUAUGACGGCAGAUCCAUCGUUAUCUGGUACAACCCAAGACAAUACAUCAAAUAUAUCUGCAAUAAGGAACAGUAAUAGCUUGUCUGAUAUAUCCAGUGACAACCCUCCAGCAUAUACCAUAUCUGAUCAGGAUCCUACAUCAUCAACAUUAAGAUUUGAUCAUUCUACACCUAAUAAUCCCUUGGAGAAUCCACCUGUAUAUAGUACUAAUGAGGAAUCCUCGUUAUAGCACAUUUGGUUUAGGGGAGUAUAUCCUAAUCUUGAAACAGUCAAGUGAAACACAAAUAKUAUUUUUAAUUUUUUUAAUGGUCAGUGUAUUUUUUUAAGCAACCAUUUUAAAAAUGUAGAUAGUAAUAUCAAGCAAUGUGAAAAUUAGAUAUARAUAUUAGUAUUGCUUUUAUCACAGAAAUAUAUCAUUAGCAAUUAUGAAUCACCCACCAUGAAACACAGUAUCUUAUUCAUACUAAUUUUUGUGAGGCUUUAAUUGUGCCAUUUUAAAAAAAAGAUCCGCAAAAAUUAUACAAGCAAAAUUUAAUACACUUCUAUGAUUGCUUUAAUCAUUUCACAUUUUUUAUAUGAAGAUCUUCAUUGUAAAUUGAUUAUUGUUUAAGUAAUGACUCAAUAAAAAAGGAUUUUUUUAAAGUCUCUGCCUGUUUUUCAAGUUUUGCAAAAUUAAAUGCACUAAAUUUAUCCUUUUAUCAAAAUCGCGAAAAUUAAUGCUCGCGAAAUAUUUGUUCCAAUGAAAAUUAGUACGAAUAAGGUACUUGCAAAACAUACAGUAAAUGUAGAGUAAAUAYUCAUUCCAUAACAAACUUUUUACUGAGUGAUAAAUUCAUUUUGAUAGAAAUUCAUUGAUACUAAUACAAAGACGUUUGCAACAAUCUSCACAACUUUGUUAGCAAACUAUUUCAACAUAAAAUUAAUAUACUCACAUGUGGCCUCUUAGCAGCCACCCCUGUGGCGUUAAGCAAGCAUUGUGUGACAACAUGGGCAGCUGCUAAAGAAGGCACAUGAAGAGUGUGAAAAGAAAGUAAAAACAACAACAAAAGAGUUUGACAAUCACUACUAACUAAUCUUYAUCACCAUGAAACCAGGGGGAAUCUUCUGUCAUUUGUUUCAUACUAUCAGAGAUAGUUCUGCCAGGAAUGAAAUUUGUCACAGAAGUUGAAAUUCAAAAUGGUAGAUUCUUUCCCGGGAGUAUUAUUUUGUUGUAGAGAGGAAGGACACCAUGUUACCCCAGGGCUACUUAGGUACCCUUUCAAAUAGGGAAACCACUCAUGGAAAAUAUUACAAGAUACUAAAAUAUGUGUCAACUCUGUUUAAUAAUCAAAUGCAAGAAAAUAAACCAGUUAAAAACUA